ACGCGGGGCCGCUCCGGGCGCGACACCUUCGCCCCGCGGCCGCUCGGGGCUCCGGAGCAGCGCCGGCCGCUCCCGUCCCGGCCCCGCCGCUCCAGCCGGACCCGCCCCUCUCCCAGUCUCCUCCGCGGCUCCCCCUCCCGAGCCAGGCGGAGCUGGAGCUGGAGCUGGGAGCGACGUCGUUCCUCGCCGCCGCCGCCUCUCCCCAGUGACCGAGGGCACCGGCGCUGCCUGAGGGGGCCCCGUUGUCCGGCCGGCGCCCGACGCCUCAUCCCCGCCUCUGCCGGAGCCGGCACUGCCCGCGGAGCAGCCAUGAGCUGGGGCACGGAGCUGUGGGAUCAGUUUGAUAACUUGGACAAGCAUACACAGUGGGGCAUUGACUUCUUGGAGAAAUACGCAAAAUUUGUAAAAGAAAGGAUAGAAAUUGAGCAAAACUAUGCAAAACAACUGAGAAAUCUGGUAAAGAAGUACUGUCCUAAACGCUCACCAAAAGAUGAGGAGCCCAGGUUUACUUCGUGUAUUGCCUUUUUUAACAUCCUCAAUGAGCUGAAUGACUAUGCAGGACAGCGAGAAGUAGUUGCAGAAGAAAUGGGACACAGAGUGUAUGGAGAAUUGAUGAGAUACUCUCAUGAUCUGAAAACUGAGAGAAAAAUGCAUCUUCAGGAAGGGCGAAAGGCUCAGCAGUAUCUGGACAUGUGCUGGAAGCAGAUGGAUAAUAGCAAAAAGAAAUUUGAGAGAGAAUGCAGAGAGGCAGAGAAGGCACAGCAAAGCUAUGAGCGACUGGACAAUGACACUAAUGCGACAAAGGCUGAUGUUGAGAAGGCCAAGCAACAGUUAAACCUGCGCACACACAUGGCUGAUGAAAACAAAAACGAAUAUGCUGCACAACUACAGAAUUUUAAUGGAGAACAGCACAAACACUACUACAUUGUCAUUCCUCAGAUUUACAAGCAACUUCAAGAAAUGGAUGAAAGAAGGACUAUCAAACUUAGUGAAUGUUACAAAGGCUUUGCUGACUCUGAGCGCAAGGUUAUUCCAAUUAUCUCAAAGUGCUUGGAGGGGAUGAUCCUUGCAGCAAAAUCAGUUGAUGAACAUAGAGACUCUCAACUAGUGAUAGACUGCUUCAAAUCUGGUUUUGAGCCUCCUGGAGAUUUCCCAUUUGAAGACUACAGUCAGAAUAUUUACAGAACUAUCUCUGAUGGAACCAUCAGUACACCAAAGCAAGAGGGAAUGAGAAUUGAUACAAAAACUACAGUUGGCAAGGCUAAAGGAAAGCUGUGGCUAUUUGGAAAGAAACCAAAGCCACAAUCCCCACCCCUAACCCCUACUAGUUUAUACACAUCCAGUACUCCUAAUGGGUCCCAGUAUCCCAUAUUCUCCAUUGAACCAGUGCAUUAUUGCAUGAGUGACAUAAAAACAGGGAAGCCCAGAAUUCCUUCUUUCAGAAGCCUCAAAAGAGGGUGGUCGGUGAAGAUGGGCCCUGCACUAGAAGAUUUCAGCCAUCUCCCUCCCGAGCAAAGACGCAAGAAACUGCAGCAGAGAAUUGAUGAACUUAACAGAGAGCUGCAGAAGGAAACGGACCAAAAAGAUGCCCUCAUCAAGAUGAAGGAUGUUUAUGAAAAAAAUCCACAGAUGGGUGAUCCAAGCAGUUUGCAACCAAAAUUAACUGAGACUAUGAGCAAUAUGGACCGUCUGCGGAUGGAAAUACACAAGAAUGAGGCCUGGCUCUCUGAAGUCGAAGGUAAAGUAGCAGCCAGAGGCGACAGGCGGCACAGCAGCGACAUCAACCACCUUGUCACCCAGGGCCGAGAGAGCCCUGAAGGGAGUUACACGGACGAUGCCAACCAGGAGGUUCGGGGCCCGCCGCAGCAGCACGCUCAUCCCAGUGAGUUCGAUGACGAGUUUGAAGAUGAUGAUCCAUUACCAGCUAUUGGACAUUGCAAGGCAAUAUAUCCAUUUGAUGGUCAUAAUGAAGGCACCCUAGCAAUGAAAGAAGGGGAAAUUUUGUACAUUAUUGAGGAGGACAAAGGAGAUGGGUGGACAAGAGCUCGAAGACAUAAUGGAGAGGAAGGCUAUGUGCCAACAUCAUAUAUAGAUGUAACGCUAGAGAAAAACAGCAAAGGUGCAGUAACCUAUAUCUAACAGUAAAACUGGCAGCUCUCAGUUGUACAUUCCCUAGGGAAAAUAGUGGAAAAAUUGUAAGUUAUACAGACUUAUGGAAAGAGUUACAGAAUCAGAAGUCAACAAUGAUCUGUUGUUUCCAUGGGGGGUUAGCUGUAGUUCUUUCAGAGAUGACCACAUUAAAUUAUGCAUCUAACACUGGUCUGUAAUUUUGACCAAUGUCUUCUGCUUUCCUGCUUUACAAAGCACUAAAUCCAAUUCAGCUAUUGAAAUGAAAAAGACCAAGAUUCCUGCUUGUUCUGUGGAAUUCUUAGUUUUUAUAGAGAACUGAAAAAAUACUUAAGUUUUAAAAAUCUCUAAGAUUUAUUGUUCCCACUUUUAUGACUUAAACUGUAUUCUUAAAACAGAGAUCUUUUUCCUCUAAUAACUAACUGAACUCAGUUACUGAAAAUUAUUAAUUUCCUUCCUUAGCAAAUACUUGGCAGCUUUCACUUCUUAAACAGGAAAAUGUUUUCUGAUUCUGAAAGUUCAACAAAAAUACUCAGGAAAAAACAUUAUGAUUAAGAAGGACAGAAAGUCCAUUGACCCAUCUCCUUUCUUUUCAGUACUUGUAAUGUAGAAUGUUCUGUAUUGGACAUGAUGUCAUUGUUUUAACUCUAGAUACCUUGAACAAACAAAAAAAGAUCACAUGUAGUGCUUGAUGUCUUACUGGAAACUCUCUGCUCCUGAUGAGGGAAUGAUUUUAUACUCUUAAUCUGUGCCUGUAAACUAAGUCUUUGAAUUGUAUUGUGUUUAGUCUGAAGACAGUGUCUUAAAUGUACAGUAAUUAUCCUCACUGUUAAAUCACUGAGGACUGGAAGCUGCAUUGCACAACUUGAUUACUGGAAAAAAGAAGCUGAUUUUGUAUUUCUAAUGAGAAUUUGUGGCAUUAAGUAGAAGGCUAAUGUUUAGCCACUGAGAAUGGCCUGUUAGAACUGAGCACGCUCCUCUGUCUUCUAAAGGCCUUCAGUAACUUUGUUCUUUUCUUUUUCCUCUUGGA